CUCACCAACAUCUUCGAGUCGUUCCUGCCGCAGCUGCUGGCCUACCCCAACCCCAUCGACCCGCUGAACGGGGACGCCGCGGCCAUGUACCUGCACCGGCCCGAGGAGUACAAGCAGAAGAUCAAAGAGUACAUCCAGAAAUACGCCACAGAAGAAGCCCUGAAGGAGCAGGAGGAGGGCACUGGGGACAGCUCGUCCGAGAGCUCCAUGUCCGACUUCUCGGAGGACGAGGCGCAGGACAUGGAGUUGUAGUGCAGCCCCGCUCUCCCCAGAGACUGAUUUCCUAACCAUGAGGAGCAGACUAUGAUGUUCAUAUUUAAACAAAGCAAGUUUUUUUAUUACUAAACAAGGUUUUUAUGAAUUCUAGCAUUGAGCUCUAUAUAUAUAUUUAUAUCAGGAGUGUUUCUAUAUAAAUAUAUAUAUAUAUCUAGGGGUAUCUGGCACCCUGGAGGUCCUGGCUCGCUCGGGGGUUCCCUGGUCCCGAGGUGCACCAGAGCAUUCCCAACAUUCCAUUCUGGUGGCAACUGCAGCCCUGAGCUUUUCCAUCCGGCCACUUCGGUGUGCUGCCAAACAGCUGCCCUGGGAGGGAGGGAAUUAACAAAAAACACCCCAAAAAUCCAAAUAAAAGGUAGAAAAAAACAAGAAUAAAAGAGGGAUUUGCUGUGGGAUUGGGGGUUCCACCUGAGGUGUUGGUGUUUCCCCAAGUCUAAAACCUCGGGGCUGUAGGGAUGGGAGGGGCUGGUGUUCAGGGAAUAAAAAGGAGGAGUUAACUCCAAAAUCCCA